UCGUUUUUGGUGAACAUUUAGGGCACCUAUGCAAUUGAGGUUGGAAAUUGUGAUGUUGGAGAGAUUAUUAUUUGGUUUUCGAUUGGGCAAAAUAAUUUCACGCUUCGAGCGCCACCUGUCAGCGUGUUUUCACGUGGGCAGAUAGUUAUGUGGAAGGGCGUAUUUACGUCAGCGUGCAUCAACUCAAUCACAGGUUCGAGCUCGUCCGCAAUGCGCGUGUGCGACGCUCACAUCCUAGAUCCGCGAGCGCGCGCGUCCUCGUAUGCUUCCCAGUUGGCAUUCUGUCUGGAGUCAGCACCUCCUCCUCUUUCUCUGCCUCCUCUUCAUCUGCGCGCCGGAGGAGGAGGAAGAGGAACGCUUUUUUUUUGUCAGCACUGCAGCGGCGGCUCAGAGGAAUGAUGGUGUUGAUGAGGAGGAUGAUAAGUGAUCAAGCAGAACGGACUUGAAGACCAUCAGGAAGGACGCAACAACAUCAGUCGUAGCAUAAGGAUCCGGAAGGAGAAUCCCGGACACGACAGCGGAUGAACAUCCAUCUGCAGCAGCUGUGGGAUGAGGCGUGCCAAGCAUUUCUCCGUGUCGUGAGAUGAAGGAUUGAAUUGACUCCUUCUCCGGUUGCUCUCUGGCACCUGAAGGGUUUCCCAAAGCGGGAAUCUGCCUGACAGUUUUCUUGCUUUUUUGUUGUUGUUGUUGUUUUUUUUUUUGGAAAGCUGCCAUGUGAAUGGGACACUUGAACAAUGACAUCUAAUUUUGACGACGUGCUGGAAGAUGGCCACGCCGAAACCUUCCUGCUGGCGUUAAAGCGGACACAAGUGACUAAUUGAUUGGACCUCGGCUUGGAGUGAACUCCUUCACUGCUUGGUUUUGUCCUGUUUUUCUUCCAUCAUGGCUUUUGCGUAUUCCUCCGUCGCGGAUGUGAAGGCCACCGGAGAAUCCUGACUGAAGUGGAAAUGCUCCACAAGUCCGCCAAGCCUUCCGAUCAGCGCCAGAGAGUGCCGGAUCCAUCUUGAUCUUCCUAUCAGACCUUGAAGAAGAGCCAGUACUCUCCCCCCCACUUUCUGCCAGUGGGGGGGAGGGUUGGGCUUAGUUAGCUCCUAGUCGUGUAGUUGUUUUGUUUUGUUUUGUUUUGUUUCGUUUUAGAUGUUCUGAGAACUUCAAGUAGGAACUUGCUUUUUUUUAGCUUCUCUCACUGGUGGCUUUGUAGGUUCCGUCUUUUUUUGACAUCGAGUUUGCAGUUAGCUAUGGACGCUAAUCAAGGUGCGGGCCAGGGCAGCCCGGAAAGCCCGAAUCGUGCGGUGGAGUACCUCCUUGAACUCAACAACAUCAUCGAAAGCCAGCAGAAGCUUCUGGAAACACAGAAGCGGCGCAUCGAUGAGCUGGAGGUCCAGCUAGACCGCCUCAGCCAAGAGAACAAAGACCUGCGCUUGGACCGCCAGCCUCCACCCGCACCUCCUCCGGAGCCUCGUCUUCCUCCUCCUCCCCCGCCGCCGCCUCCCACUCACUUCUCUUCUGUUCCCACCAAAAACCACCACCACAACAAGCCUCCCACCUCCAUCCCGCUCAAUGCCAGCCACAAUCACCAGCACCACCACUACAACAGCACCUCGGCGGUUCGCAUUCCCGCCUCGCAGGUCCCCGCACCGGCUCCUCCCCCGCCGCCGCCUCCCAUUCCACCCCGGGAGCAGCCUCGGGGGCACGGCCGUCUGAGUCGGGCGCCGUCCGCCAGCACCGGAACCAACACUAACUUUGUGGAGAAGGAGAAGGAGCGCCUGGAGCGCCUGCACAGGAGCAACGCCGCCAACAACCACCACGCCCACACGCUGCACCACCACAAAGCUGUGGAAGGUGAGCCACGCUGUUCAGAGGCGCUGCCAUUUCCAGAUUCAUUGUUUGGCCACCCUCACGCCUCCAGCACCAGUACCUCCAGUGGGCCCCUGGGAGCCUCCCACGCACAGGACAGCUCGCCCGUGUCUUCGCCCAGCGCGUCGAGCUUGACGUGGGCUCAUCGGAGUCGCCAGCAGCCUGCCAGCCUGGCACUACGCAAGCAAGAGGAGGAGGAGAGCAAGCGCUGCAAGGGUUUUUCUGACAGCUAUGAGCUCUCCACGGACCUCCAGGACAAGAAGGUGGAGAUGCUGGAGAGGAGGUACGGUGGCCAGUUUGUGUCCAGGCGAGCGGCCAGGAUCAUUCAGACGGCGUUCAGGCAGUACCGCAUGAACAAGAACUUCCAAAGGCUCCGUAGCUCGGCCUCAGAGAAUCGGAUGACCCGACGCAUCAUUUUGUCCAACAUGAGGAUGCAGGUACGCACACACACACACACACACACACACACACACACACGCACGCACACACAUAUGGUAUGCCAUCCUGUUCUGUGUGUCCAGUACUCCUUUGAUGAGCGUCAGCCGCAGGGUCAAGGGUAUUCAGGUCCGCAGGGGGCUGAGGGCACAGGAGACAUGGACGACUCUUUCUCCAAGCAGGUCAAGUCUCUGGCAGACUCGAUGGACGACUCGCUCACCUGUCAAUCAGGUCGAGAGGACUCCCAAGAGGCAAGAAAAGAGGGAGAAGAGGAGGAGGGUGACGAGGAGGAAGAAGAGGAGGAAGAUGAGGAGGAAGAAGAGGAGGAGGAGGAGGAAGAUUACAGGGAAUGUUCCUGGGGUGGGACCUCCUCCUCCUCCUGCCAUGUGGUGGGACAAGCCGGGCGGGGGCCCUCCGGCGCCGCCAUGCAUGAGGACAGUACGGCCACUUCGUUCAGCGAUGUUACGCUCUAUAUGGACGACGGCUGCCUCCCGUCCUCGCCAAUCUCCCGCCCGCCCUCCUCGCCACUGGCCUCCAGCUCCGAUACUGAGUACUGGGGCGGCGUGAGUGGGAGGGAGGACAGCCGAGAGACAGAGAGAGGUGGCAACGGCAGCCGGAGGAGCAGUACCCCUUGCACAGAGUGUCGGGGGGAGUACCGAGGGAGGCCUGCCGCAGGAGGACACUUGCCUGUCUUGACCAUAGAGCCGCCCAGCGACAGCUCAGUUGACAUGAGUGACAGGUCCGAGCGAGGCUCCAUAGGCCGUCUGGUCUAUGAACAGGAACCGCCUGGAGUGGAACAAGGCGCAGGAGUAGAAAGUGGAGGCGGGGAUGGCGAGAGUGGAGAAGAUGAACACGGAGGUGCCGGGGCAGGGAGUAGCGAGGCCGAAUCACCGCAGGGAACCAUCAAACACAAACCAAACGGCCGCUCGGUGGUGAUGGCGCAGGGACAGACUCGGAGUUCCGCCCCCGCCGCCGUGCAAAUGCCCUCGGCUCGCACCCUGCCGUCCCACAUGCUGCCUCACCCGCUCCAGCACGCGCACCCUCACCCGUCCCACAUUCCCCACAUGCCCACCGUGCUGCACCACCACCCGCAAUACAACCACAUGCCGUAUGUGCAUCACAGCGGGGCAGCGUAUGUGCCGCAUUUUGCCCAGCACCACUACCACCAUCUGCACCACCACCACCACCUCCCACAUUCAUACCCGGAGGCCCCUUCUUCGCCCCUGCCCUCGCCCGUUCCACCUCUCUCCCCGAUUCCACCGCCGCCACCACUCACGCCCACUCCGCUGUCAUCUUCGGCGGACGCCCAUCAGCAUUUGCACCACCAGCCACACCUGCACCACCCACUUCAUCACCACUUGCUGUGCUCGGAUGGCGACAAUGAGAGCGUUAACUCCACCACCACCAACUCCAACGAUGACACCACCGUCAACAACGGAAGCUCGGGCUCGUCGUCGCGUGACAGCCUGCGCGAGCCCACGCCGGCGGCACUCAGCAAGCAGACGUAUCAGCGCGAGAGCAGACACAGCUGGGACUCGCCCGCAUUCAACAAUGACGUGGUCCAGCGGCGCCACUACCGCAUCGGACUUAACCUCUUCAACAAGAAGCCGGAGAAGGGAAUCCAGUAUCUGAUCGAGAGGGGCUUUGUUUCGGACACGCCGGUAGGCAUCGCAAGGUUCGUCCUGGAGAGGAAAGGUCUGAGUCGUCAGAUGAUCGGCGAGUUUCUGGGCAGCAGGCAGCAGUUCAACAAGGACGUGCUCGAUUGCGUUCUGGAUGAAAUGGACUUUUCGGGAAUGGACCUGGAUGAUGCUCUCAGGAAGUUUCAAGCUCAGAUCAAAGUUCAGGGUGAAGCACAGCGGGUGGAGCGGCUGGUUGAGGCUUUCAGUCAGCGGUAUUGUGUGUGCAACCCGGUGCUGAUACGGCAGUUCCAAAAUCCAGACACCAUCUUUAUCCUGGCCUUCGCCAUUAUACUCCUCAACACUGAUAUGUACAGCCCCAACGUGAAGCCUGAAAAGAAGAUGAAACUGGACGACUUCAUCAAGAACCUGCGAGGCGUGGACAACGGUCAGGAUAUUCCCAGAGACCUACUGGUGUCCAUCUACGGAAGGAUCCAGAAGUGGGAGCUGAGGACCAAUGACGACCAUGUGUCUCAGGUGCAGGCGGUGGAGAGGAUGGUGGUCGGCAAGAAGCCCGUUCUGUCGCUGCCUCACCGCCGGCUGGUGUGCUGCUGCCAGCUGUUCGAGGUUCCCGACCCGAACCGAGCCCAGAGGAGCGGCGUCCACCAAAGAGAGGUCUUCCUUUUCAAUGACCUGCUCAUGGUAACCAAGAUCUUCCAAAAGAAGAAGGCCUCUGUGACGUAUAGUUUCCGACAAUCAUUCCCUCUGGUGGACAUGCAGGUGCACACCUUCCAGAGCACUUAUUACCCUCACGGCAUCAGGUUGACAUCGGCCAACCCCGGGGGCGAGAGGAAAGUCCUGAUUGUGUUCACGGCGCCAAGCCAACAGGACCGUGCUCGCUUCACCUCGGACCUGAGAGAGAGUGUGGCCGAGGUGCAGGACAUGGAGAAAUAUCGCGUGGAGUCCGAGCUUGAGAAGCAGAAAGGCGUGAUGCGUCCCGCUGCGCUGAUGGCGGGCAGACAGGGCGGUGGGGAUGCAGCGGCAGGGCCUGCGAAGAGUGAGGCGGUGAACGGCAUCCUGGGUCGGCCUAGCCUGGAUGACACGUACGCGUCAGUGGACGGACUCAAACGCACGGCACUCAGCUCUUCGCUCAGAGACCUGUCAGACAGCGGGAAGCGAGGUCGUCGGAACAGCGUGGGCUCAUUGGACAGCACAAUAGAAGGGUCCAUCAUCAGCAGCCCGCGACCACACCAGCAAUACCACCCCGGGGGAAUUCUGGUCUACAGCCCCAUGAUGGCGCCCUCGUCUCCAACAGCCUACCGGCCACACCGCCCUACUCAGAGCCCCGGUACAGGGGUGGGCGGUGGGCCGGGGCUCUGUCACAACCAGGGUGGCCCGAAUAUGUCCCCGCUCGUGAGCGGGGGCGGGGCUGCAGCUGGCGCUGGGUUGGAGAUGGGGGUCGGGCCAGGCGCCGGCGGCCGGCUGGGGAACUUUUUUGGCAGCCGCAGAGGGAAAGUUCCCGGUCCCCUGACGAUGACAUCACCGACACCGCAGUGUCCCCCGAGUCCCCUGAUGAUAUCCUCCCCGCCCCAUUACCCCGCCCCCGAGCCUCCCAUCGCCCACCCGCCCUCCCCUUCCCCAUGCCCCUCCCCAUCUGUCAACCUUGGCCAAUCGGACCUGGGAGGCGUUGGAGGGGGAGGAGGCACAGGAGGAGCACCGUCCAAGCUCCAGGCCUUGCACGCCCAAUAUUGCCACGGCAACAGUGGGGGCAGUGCGGUCAGCGGGCACCAGCCACAACAGACUCCCCCCCCACCUUACCACCACCAUCACCGAUACCACGUCCAAAGCGCCCCACAGCACCACCCCCUCAUGCACAGAGUGUCAGUCCCGCGACGCCAGGUCCAGUCCGGCUGCGCCCCGUCUCACAUGCAGCAGCAUCAGCGGAUCCAGCAGGCCGCCGCCCAGCACCAGCGCUACAACGCAGCCUCGGGUUUCAUCACGCCUCCACCGCUUUCCCCACACUCACCCCUCACCCCAACGACGCCACACGGACUCUUUCGACCGGGCGGUGGAGGCAAACUCCCGCUUACAAUUUCACACUCGCAGCCCCACCCUCACGCUCACUCUCACAACCACGCCGUCCACUCCCCACUAAGCCCCUCUCCCGCCAGCUUGCCCUCCACGCACUUCAUCUUCUCAACACCACCACCCCAGCCCCCAUCGGCACGCCUGGUCUCCCAGACGCUGCCGCAACCCUACGCUCCCCAGUAUCCACCGCUCUCCUCCAUCCCGCCCCCUCCUUCGCACUCCCCGUUGCCACCCCCGUCUGCCGCGCCGCUCUCCCCGCACCCGGGGUCAGGCGGCGGGCCGGGGCCCAAGUCGAAACCGGUCAGUCGGAUCAGCACCGUCGUGUGAGGAAUUGGCGAGCCAGCACGUCUGCCCAUCUCGUCGCUGGCCACCAGGCGGCAGUAUUCAGAUGGAAAAGGGGGAGGAGGGGAGGAGGGCAUGUGCAGAUGUAUCGAAAUGGCCGCUUGGUUAGACGGCGCGAAAUAAGAGGAGGCAAGAGGAAAUUACUGAGCCUGUGUUACUUUCACAUCAACUUUCCCUGCAGCUAGAGCCACCCGUCUUGAUACAGAUUGGUUGAGCCCUCAUUAGGUGGGCGCGGAGGCUGUUGUGAGGAGAGACAACAGUGCCUGAGGCACAUGAUGGUGACACGUUGCUAACUGGGUUUUCACCUGACAAUUAACAAGGAAUGGCCAAUGUGGGGUAUUUUAGUUAGUUUGGUGCACUUCGAGCCAUGCAUGACUCAAGCAAUCACUGCUGAGUGUAAAGAGGCAGAAGGACAUUUUUUGUUGUUUUGUUUAGGGUUUUUUUUACCUCUGUGGUUUGUAAAAAUGUUGUUUUGGCUCACAGGGUUUCUUCACUCUCCUUGUUAUGGAUUGGAACAGUUAUUUAAUUUUUUACUAUGAUACACAUGUUUUGUGUGUAAAUAUCAAGACAGGAAGAGAAACAUCAAGUAGAACAUCAAGAUGAUAAGUAGUGAUGGGAAAAUGAAGCUUUGUGAAGCAUUUGUGAUAUUUUUUACUCCUCUAUGGGGUAGUCUUGGCUUGUGUGAUCAAGAGUAGUGCAAUGGAAGUUCAUAAAAUUUCCACUGAACCUUAAACCAAGAGUGCCAUUUGUAGGACUCAAUAUUUAGUGCUUCAUGAAGCUUCAUUUGACCUAAUCAAGUCAAAUUUAUUUAUACAGCCCUUCAUCACAAAACGUCUCAAAGGGUUUCACAGGCCCAAUAUUAACGGCAUCCCCUGAACUUAAACCCCAGGAGGGCAAGAAGAAACUUUUUUAAAACAUCUGGGGAAAAUGACGAAAUCUUGAGAAGGGGCCACAGAUUGGAAAAUUCCACCUCCAAUGAUGGACAAACUUCAAGAUGAGAAGAAUUCUGACAAACAUUGCGCUAAACAUGAAACUAAACACCAAGUGAAAAACACACAACGACAACAUUGACUGAAACAUCAAGACAAGAAAAAAAAAGCAUCAAGUCAAACAGCAUCUGGACAAACUGCAAGGCAAAAAUAUCACAUAAUGAUGUAUACAGUGUAUCUAUCAUGUAUCACAUAUUCCAAAGGUAUACAAAAGCAUAUUGAUGUAUAGAUGUUUUUUGUAUGAGACACUCUGUGUUGCCAAGAAAGGAGAUUAAGCUAUUAUCAUGAGAUCAAACAGGGUGUAUUGUGCAAAACAGUCUUUUUUGGUUUUUACAUAAAUGGCUUGGUGGUCAUUGAUUCUAAUUAGGAUAUUAAUCCUGUGUAUUUCAUUACAAUUUGGUACUGUUAGGCAAAAUGCAUAUUGUAAGUAGAGAGUGUUACAAUUUCACGUUUAGUAGUGUGUCGCACGCUGUUUUGGCAUUCUACAUAAAUGGUGGGGCAAACAAUCGGCCCGAUUACGAUCGUUGGCCGAUUGAUCUGAGCACCAUUGCAAAACAUGUUCGUGAAAUUGACUAUUUGAUGCAUAUUUUAUUACAUUUGUUUUAUGAAAUGAUUAGUUGAUGAAAUUUAGUUUUAUUAAUUACAGUGAAACUCCUCUACAAUGAAAUCAAGUUUGCAGCAAGAAAUUUUUCACAACAAGGGACUUUUCACGAUAGCAAAUUCAUCUCAAAUGUAAACACACACAAAAACGUACGUGUACUUUUUCUUUUUAUUCCAACAAUGCAUAAGUAUGGGCAUACACUUAUUUGACACUUCAUAUCACCAGGGUAGAAAGAAAAAAAGGGAAAGAAAGUGCUAAAUUUAUAAUCAGCAUUCACUUUCACUUACAUCAAUUUCUUGCAUAACAUCUUUUACUAUGCUUCCUCCAUCUUUCAUUUUUAUUACUUUUAUCCUGUCUUCAAGCGUUAAAGCUCUUCUUCACUCCUUGGUCUGCAAAGGUCCGGUUUUUUUUAGCCAUUUUAGCAAUGCAACGUUCGUGCUGUGUCUGAAACUAACAAUAGCAAAUACUUCCUGUACUGCUGCGCAUGUGUAAGCCACUGUGAUGUUUGCUGUUGCCGUUUCCGAGCUAUGCAGUAGAAAUCGCUGUAGACUGAGUUUGGAUUAGACUUUUGCGGAAUGCUUGUUUUCGUUGUAGUGAAGCUCGUUGCGAGGCAAUUGCAGAGAAAAAGAUUUCGUAUUACGCAACAUGGGGAUGUUUCGUUGUCGGGGGAGCAGAAAAGUGGGAAUGGUUUUAAUGCAUGAAGAUUUUUUCACACGAGGGGGUAUUUUCGCCCAUGUAGGUUUCAUUGUAGAGGUGUUUCAGUAUAAACAAUGAUGUUCCAAAAUUAGAUUUUUCAUCAUUAAAAGUAUCUAUUUCGAUCAUUUGGUUAGUUGUUAAAUUUUUUCGUAAAUGCUGAAGUUCCCCCUGAGGGGUUAUAAUAAAAAUGUGGAAAAAAUUAAUUUUAAUAAUUUUAUUAAAAUGAACUAUUUUCAUAAUUUAGUCAAAUAAUUAUAAUUACAUUAAUUAUCAAGGAUAUGUUGAUUUUCCCCCUUGAGGGGAUGAUUAUGACUAAAAUGAGAUGUAAAAAUUUGAAUCCGUUCAAAUGCAAAAAUAUGUCAUUUUAUUCAAAUGAAAUAUUUUACAUGCAUGCUUUAACUUGGCCCAUCUGUCCUUUUUAAGAAUCAUCAUCAUGUGGCCCUUCAACACUAAAGUUUGCCUACCGCUGUCCUAACAUGGACUACAAUAGCAAUGUUUGCUCACCGAAUGCGGCUAAUCCUAAUAAGAAUCUUGCAAAGUGGAGAACAAGGUGCCUUCUGACAGGAGGAUGGUAAAAUAUGAAUCACGUUUUAAUGGACUAUCAUUUCGCACCAGGGAGGACCUACACGUGUACUUUUCUAUGAUUAUGUUGAUUUUUUUUUUGCCCUUCUGCAAAUAUCAGUCGCCUUUGUGAGUGUGUGCAUGUGAAGUGUGCGCAGUGUGUGUUUUCUUGAGUCUGCGCAUGUGUGUGCCUGCGUGCAUGUGGUUGCUUGUGUGUUCUUCAGGGUUCUGAUGAAUGCAUUUGAACUUGAUUAUUUUCCAAAUAUGUGUGUGAUGUGUUACAUGCAAAAAUUGUGUGAUGGUGUUCCUCUGCACACCUUCUUGGCACCCCUCUUCUUUUCACUCCCAAGAAACACGAUUGCGCUCAUUCGUACUUUUCUUUUAACCCUCGUGGUAUCUACCUGGCUAACAAAACAUUUACUGUAGACUUUAGGACCAAAAUUCUUCAAUGAACAUGUCACAUAAAUUCAUAACUCUGAGUGUCUUUACACUGACAGUCGUACCGCUUGAAGAUGACUUGAAGUCUUUAGACUGAACAUAUUGUUGUAAUGAGACCUGAGGACAACUCGAUUAUAGCGUUUAAAUGUACAUGUCAUGUUACUUGAUGACUUGACAUUUACUCUGCAUGAAACCCGUCAUUGAAAAUAAUUUGAAAUUUGGGUCACUGAAUAUGGCAAGGUUUAUUUGAUGGCCAGACUACAUCAAAUGACUUACAUCAUGGUGACUUGAAAGGUCUUCACAGUGAAGACAAGUCAAUUGAUGAUGAUUCAUAGGGCCCUAUUUUUGUACACAGUGCAAGUCUCGCGCAAAGUUCAAUUUAACUGUGCGCAUUGGUGGGAUUUUCUUUCUUUUGGUCUUUUCGUAAAGGGCAUUUGCGCUGUUGUGGGCAUUAACAGAGCCAACUUUAUUCCCACCCAAUCGAAGCAGCUCCCCUCAUUCCCUUCAAAUUUAGAGCAGGAGAGGUCUACGGUCGUCAACAUGGCAGAAGCAUUACAGACUCACUGGAAUCCAUGCAGGAGAUUGGCAGGUCCAAAAUACGUUCAUUAGGAGUGGCAAGAACUUCUCCACUUUCGGGUGAUGUAAAACUGGCUUCUGCUUCUGAUUCAUAGGGUGCAACGCAUGCUGACAUCGUAUUUUCAAAUGAAAUAUGAUGACAACCCCUAAAUUUGUGUCGUACCACCUGUGUCACAACUUCGACCUUCUUUUAGGCGGUCUAAAUUCGAGUCUACUUUCUAAAUUGUCUGCUUCUAGGGAGAGGUUCAAUAGAAAAUUCCCUUGGUCUUCCGAAGCGCCCAGCGACGCCUGGCAUGAAAAGUAAGAUGCACCAAUUUUUAUGCCGAGCGCAUAUUCCUCUGUCUAUGAAAAUAGGGCCCCAAAUGUUUUUACACUGAACACAUUAGAUGACUUAAGGACUAGAUGAGGACUUUAUUGUGUUCGACUGAACAUGUCACAUGACCUGAUGACUUGGUGACAACUUUAAAAUGUCAUGGAAUAUAUCAUAUGACUUUAUGUUUUGAUGCUCAGAUCCUUUUUUGAAUGAUGUAACAAUUAUUUCAUAAAAUACUGUAAGACUAAUGCCAUGACGUAAUGGAAAGUGCAGUGUUUGGGUCAUCGCGUUCGGACGCCAACUUGCCAUUCGGCGUCACUUUUGUCGCAAUGAAACUUUUACACUUGCAGGCUUGUCUUAACACUGCGUUCACAAAUACAACAUUAGACUUCAAAGGACUAUUUCCCAAGAUAUGAUUGAUUUUGCAGCGAUUGAGCGUUCACUUAAAAGCAAUCAAAAGACUGGAUGACAUUGAAAAAGCGUGUCUGUUUUUUGUUGUUUUUUUUUAAGGGUGCAGCACGUUGACGUAUGAAAACACGCAAAAAUAGAGGCAUGAUGCUCUCUCGGCCCAGCUCUUCCCUCCAUUAUUGCUGUGCAUGUCUUAUUUAUUAUAACAGUAUCUGCACUGAAUGGAACUUUGUACAAAAAGCCACCAUGUACAUAAAAACAUGUUGUAUUCAAUGAAAAGCAGCUCUUUUCGUCAGGAACCGACAGCAACAUUUUUCAUUUUACAGAAAAUCUUUUAUGACUGCUGCUGAACAGGGAUUGUUUUUUUUUCUUUUAAAGAAAAUGAAACCACAAAUGUUGUCUGUGCUUCCUGUGCUGAGGUAGUACGUGUACAAUUGUACCAGUAGUGUCAAAUACUGUACGUUUCCACAGAGAUUACAUUAUUUUAAAGAUGAUUUAGCCAUGUAUAGAAAAAAAUAUUACUUGUAACUUUGUUUUGGACAACGUUGCACAGGCAAAGUGGAAAUAUUUAUUGCAUUGAACAUAUAAAAAUCAGUUCAUGUUAAUGGAA